AAAAUUGAUCGCUUUAAGAGCGGCAGAGAGUUUGAACUUGAGAAAAUAGGAUAGUCUAAAACUAGGGGAAUAUAAAAUCUAGUUAGUCUACUUUGCACAGAAAAGUAUAGCCGACUAACUGAAAAUAUCACCUGGAAAACCUAUUCAAUCGAGAUUUCCACCAAUGAAUGACUAACAGUGGCAUGUGUUUUACUAAUUCGGUGGUUGUCAUAUGAUUUUUUGAAGACCUCCUAUCAUAAAUGAAGUAAGCUUCUAAAGGUUAGUGGUUUUUAAAGGUGCUACGAACGGGGAGUGAUGACAUUUUCAAAAACUUAUAACUUUAAUCGGUUGCAUUCAAUUUGUUACCCAUUUGUGGAUAGGAAUUUCUAUGCAUGGGGUAAACUAAGAGUUUCUAAAGUAAAUAAUAAGUUAAGUUAAUUUAAAUAAUUUCAAAAGAGGUUUGCAUAUGGAUUUCGAGUAGUAGUAGUACACAUCCGGAUUUAGUUGAUAAAAAUAAAUAAAGGUAAGGGUAUAAGAGCUUCGGCUUAGCAAAACUAUAUUCCCUCUUGCUUAUCAAUAUGUUAGAUAUGAAAAUAGAACACACAGAAUUGCAAGGCCUAGAUAAUUACUUACAUGAUUAACAGUAAGCACCCGUUUGAUUUAUCAGUUAAUAAUGAUAGAUAAGUUUUCCAUUAAAUCAUUGGUUGUGGGCUUAAAAUUAAAAAAGUCCGAUAAAGAAUAAUGAAAAUGAAUUAGUUUUCAGAAGUGUGUUUGCCGAGUUCAAGUGAUAUUUUGAGUUUCAUUAUCUUCCAUUCAUCCGUCAAAAUGUCAAAUAGCUUCCCCACUAAGAAGUAUAAUUUGAAAUGAGAUAAUUGGUUUUAUUUAAAUAUGCAAAAAAUGAAACUCGUUGAUAAGCUGCCAUUUACGAGCUUUCCUCUCUUUUGCAAAGUAGCUAGUAUGCUAUUGUGGUUUUUGUAUGCUGGCUAUUCGGUGGUUAUUUUCAAUUAACAGUGUAAUUGAUACUUUAGGAACUCAGCGAGGGUUGCCACCAAACUCGUUUCGCAAAGGCAACUGUUAUGAAAACAAAUUUACGAAUCAAUCAAAACAUACGAGCAUCAAAACAUAUCAGGCUCAACUUGUUUUCCCAUCGAAAGGGAUGGACUGGAGUGGAAUGGGAUGGGAUACGAUGGGAUCUGAUAGGAUGGGAGGGCUUGAGAAAAACAUGGCAGCGGAUGAUUUCACCUCGGGGGCAACUACCCCGAACAUCGCUAACAAAAGCCACAACAAAUCAAAAACUAUCACAUUCAUAUUUGUAUUGAGGAUUUCAUUAUACACCGAAGAUCAGAUGCUCUUUGCUUAGAGCUUUAGAAAAUCAGUUUACGUAAUUAGCUAUAAUUUCAUAUGACAUACAUAUGUCAUCAUAUGGCACUGGAUUACAUUUUAGGAUCGGACUAAAUUAACCUGGGAAUUUAAUGGCAACCUAUAGCAUUGUCACUUAUACACUUACCAAACAUUUAAUUCAGUAUAUGAUAAGGGAUCCUUCUUUAAAAUUCCUAUUAUUUUAGUCAGGGUGUUCAGAUACAAUCAUUAAACUGAAUUCGAAUCACGGCGAACCUUUUACAAUUGAACCCGCGUACUUGUACUUCAUUGCCUUCGUGGGCCUAAUCUGGACCGGGGAGAGGGUAAUUUAGGUGGGCCAGCGGAUUUAUACCUGGCCGGCGAGAAAGGGAAACGCCUAUUAAGCGGCUCAUUGCUUCCGAAUGAGAAUGGAAUUGGGCCAGGCCAAUCUCUUCGUCCUGCCAGACAGGGAUGGCCAUACUAUCUGCUGGGAUGCAAAUGGCGGCGAUGGGAGGUCCUUGAAUAAAUAGCUCGUGGAUGCGCAGCCAGCUCAGCAGUAGCAACUCGACCAUCACAGCGAAAGGAUCGCGCCAGGAUGAGUGACUUCAGCAUUGAGUAUAUUUUGAACCGAGCCGGAGACAGAUACGUGGGCACCAAUGCCUCCUUGGGCGUCCUGCAGCGACUCCGUGCCAGCUUGCCUUUCCAUCCGUACGCCCACCCAGCAUCUUAUGCCUCGAAGGAGUCUGGAGGAUCUCCUCCAGCCUCGGCUGCGGAGGCUCAGAUACCCGUCUACGACUGGCUGCAGUACACCCGUUACCAUCCGCCCAAGUUGCCCAGAGCCCUCCGCCAAAGUGCGCCCGCGAAAAGGACUCCUGGUCGUCUGCCCCGCAUCCCAUUUACUCCGCAGCAGCUGCAGGCCCUGGAAAGUGCCUACAAGGAGUCCAACUACCUGAGCGCCGAGGACGCCAACAAACUAGCCGACUCCUUGGAGCUGACCAAUACGCGGAAGAUCUGGUUCCAGAAUCGAAGGGCUCGCGAGCGACGGGAGAAGCGCGAAAAGGACGAGAGCUGCGACUCCACCUUCUCAUCGAACGCCUCCAGUCCGGAACCGGAAAUGAUCGUUGUAACGUGAGCUGGAGCAUGAUAUCCACGAGGACUGUUUACUGUUACGAAUUUAGUGGCUUUCUGUAAAUACAAAUAAUAGACCUAAGUAGACCCAUAAGCAUAUACAUAGAACAAAUCUGACAAUAUAAAAUCUAUUAAUUUGAAA